UGGCAACGCCAUCUGUCAUUUUUGGCCAACCCUCCAUACAUUUAGACUGAAGUGACGUAGCAGAAGAGGAUAGCCAAGUUAGUUCACUUUCCCAUUUGGCGUUCAUCUUGGUUGGGUCCCGUUACUUCAAAUUCUCAACUAGAAAAUGUCGGGAGGUUCAGAUAAAUUGUCCUUGAAGGAGGAUGAUGUUACCAAGAUGUUGGCUGCUACUACUCACAUCGGUAGCACCAACACUGAUUUCCAAAUGGAACAGUACAUCUACAAGCGUCGCUCUGAUGGUGUUCACAUCAUCAACUUGCGCAGGACCUACGAGAAGCUGCUUUUGGCUGCCAGGGCCAUUGUAGCCAUUGAGAAUCCUGCUGAUGUUUUCGUCAUCUCGUCUCGUCCUCAGGGCCAGCGUGCCGCUCUCAAGUUCGCCUCUUACACCAAGGCUACUCCCAUUGCUGGUCGUUUCACUCCCGGUGCGUUCACUAACCAGAUCCAAGCCGCUUUCCGCGAGCCCCGUCUUUUGUUGAUCAUGGAUCCCCGCGCUGAUCACCAGCCCAUCGUUGAAGCUUCUUACGUCAACAUCCCCGUUAUCGCCCUGUGCAACACCGACUCGCCUCUGCGCUACGUCGAUAUUGCAAUCCCAUGCAACAACAAGGCUUCCCACUCGAUCGGUCUGAUGUUCUACAUGUUGGCUCGUGAGGUCAAGCGUCUUCGUGGUGAAAUCUCCCGCGAUCUCGAAUGGUCCAUCAUGGCUGAUAUGUUCUUCUACCGUGAUCCUGAGGAGAUCGAGAAGGAAGAGCAAGCUAAGGAGGCUGCCGCUAUUGCUGCUGCACCAGUCAAGGCCGCUCCCGAGGAGUACCAAGCCGACAACUGGAAUACCGAGCCGGCCGUCGAGAGUACUAACUGGGCUGAUGAACCCACUGCUCCAGCUGCUGCUCCAGUUUAUGCUGCUGCUGCUGAAGACUGGGCUAGUGCUCCUACUGACGAUUGGGGUGCUCCCGUUGCUGCUCCAACUGCCACUGGCGAAUGGGGUGGUGCCACUACCAACUGGGCUUAAAUUGUUCCAUAUGGC